GUAUAAAACCAGGAGAUGGCGACAUGGAAGCAGAAGGAGUCAGAGGGAGAUCCCAGAAGAAGAGCUGCCCCACUCCACGGUGAACAACCUUCUCGUUUUCCACGGAGCUGCAUCAGCCUGAUCAUGUCUCCUGCUGUAGACCUGGGCCGAGUUCUGUGCAUCAUCACCGGGGCCUCCAGAGGCUUCGGACGGGCCGUGGCCCAGGACUUGUACCGGUUGGUCCAGCCUGGCUCGGUGCUGGUCCUGGCGGCCCGCUCCGGGGUCGACCUGCGGGCCUUCCAGGCGGAGCUGACCGAGUCCGAAGCGGGCCGAGCCGGCCUGAAGGUGGAGGUUGUGGUGGCGGAUAUCGGGAAGGUGGAGGGCCUGGAGAACAUCAUGAGAACAUCCAGAGAAGCUUUUUGUGAAGACAUGGACCACAUCAUGCUGAUCAACAACGCUGCCUCCCUGGGCGACGUGUCUAAAUACGUGAAAGGCUUCACGGACAUGGCCGAGGUGGACUCUUAUCUUUCCCUGAACGUCAGCUCAGCCACGUGUCUCACUGCCAAGGUUCUGCAGGCUUUCCCGCAGCGUCCAGGUCUGCGGCGCUCCAUCAUCAACGUCACCUCGCUCUGCGCCCUGCAACCUUUCCGCUCCUGGGGGCUUUACUGCACCGCCAAGGCUGCACGGGAGAUGAUGUUCAAGGUUCUGGCGGAGGAGGAGCCGGACCUGAGGGUGCUCAGCUACUCACCAGGACCUCUGGACACGGAGAUGCAGGUGGAGGCCAGAACCAAAACGGCCGACCCGAGCAUCAAGAAGACGUUUUCCAACAUGUUUGCUCAGGGUCAGCUGCUCACCUGUGAGAUGUCCUCAGCCAAGCUGAUGAAGGUGCUUCUGGACGAUAAGUUCACAUCAGGAGACCAUAUUGAUGUCUUUGACGUGUAGACGCAGCAGCACCAGAACUUUAGCCACUCAGCUCUGGGUCAUUAAAUUAUAGCAUUAUCGUUGUCUUUGAUUUUUAGAUGAAACUUUGAUGUUUUCCGUUUUAAUCUAGCCGAGGUGGAAACGUUCCGACCUUCAGACUAGCUGUAGCUCCUCUUCAGACCUCGAUGUUCUUCAUGUAUGACCAGGAGAGCUGGUUUCUGGAGAAUCACAAACGUUUUUCUUCCAGUAAACGCUGGUUAUAGUCCAGUUAAUCAUGUCUAUCCUGAGAAAAAUGGUUCUCCUGUUAUUCUGUUCCAGGUUCAGAACCGUUUAGCUCCAGAAGUGGAUCUAAUCCCAUCAUAUUUUUAUUACAAACCCUCCCUGAUCCAUCUACUCCUGGUCUCCACAGGACCUCAGAAGGUCUGCUGUGGUAUCUGGCUCCAAGUCAUCAGCAGCAGGUCCUUUCAAGUCCUGGAAGUUAGGAGAUGGAUCAGAACAUUGCAGGCCAGCCUUCACAUGAUCCUUGGUUGUCCAUGAACAGGUCUUGACCCCUGCAGACAGGGGGACGUCCCACCUGGCUGCAGUGGUGCUGCUGGCAGCAGUCAGGAUGAUCUGAUGGUGGACAGGUCCAAACCAUGGUGUGGAUGAGAGAAUCUCACACGGUGCUGGAGGUCCACCUGAUAAAUGAUCUUUUGGAUCCAACGUUAAUCUGGUUCAGUAAUCAGAAAACUGCAGCUUGAUGGGAUAAAAUUAGAAGAAAACUUGGAACCAUGUUUUAAUUGAGGAAAGAUCCAGAAUCUGAACCAUGAAGAACUUUCUUCCAGCUGCAGAAAGGUCUUUAAAAGCCUUAACUGCUUCAGGUUUAUUGGAUCACUGAAAGGACCAAAGAAAACAGACCUUAAAUCUGACUGACCUCUGGAAGCACAGAUGUUCUGCUUUCUGGAGAAAGGUCAUGAAGGGUUCUGAUUCUGGAACAAUUGGACCAGAAUAUGUGUGAUAGAAGCUGCAGUGGAGUCAGGAUGAUGAGGCUUUGUGUUGGAUGGCGUCCAAGUCAAACAAGAACCUUGUUAAUAUUUAACAGGGUCCGGACCAAGCAGCUUGAACUUGUUCCAUAUUCUGCAGACUGUCCUCCAGCUCCUUCAUCGUCCUGUACUGGUUCUAGAGUUGGGCUGUUACUGAGGGGAGAAGCUGCAGCACCGUCCGGUUCGGCCCAAAGUAGCUGGAGCUGGAACAUCGGGGAUUUCCCAGAGUUUCAGGAUCUGCUCGGAAGCAUCAUGACUGCAUCCCAUAACUUCAUAACCUGGUGAACAUGGAUUUUUUUGGAAGAUUUACUUUGAGCUGCUGAUUAGUUCAGUGAUUCCUGCCCUCGGUGUCAGAAGAUGUUCCUUUAAACCAGGUGAACCCUGGAGACCUCAGUGCUUCUGUCCUGAACCCAGAUGAUGUUCUGAACGUGCCUUCCCUGAGAUGUCUAAGUGCUUUAAUCGGUUCUGGGAUGUAUAUCCAGAUGUUGGUGUCCAAUAAAAUUCAUUCCUUCACAUUAAUUUAGAUAUUUUUAUAUGCAUGUUGAUCAGUGAUGUGUUUUUGUAUUGUCCUGCUGGUUCUGGUACACAAAUCAGUUUUAGAACCUCAUGUCCCAGCAUGAUAGAAAUAAAUACAUAGAAAUUA